GAUCCCAGCAACCUCUGGCACGACUGGAGACUUUCCGAAACAAAAUCGGGCAGAGCGACGAUUGUUAAUUUGACAGAGGCGCCUUUACCUGUCCCUUUGUGUUUCCCCUCUCCAGGUUGUGGGUGGUGUUUGUUUGCAUGAAACAGAGAUGUCACCAGAUGAACUGGUCUACCUGGGAUUCAUUGCUGCUUCAAUACCUAUUGGGUUCCUUUUCCGUUAUCUUAGUCCUCCGGUGAAGCAGGGGGCAGCACUGCUGUUAGGUCUGACUAUAACCAUAGUUACCUGUAGAAUCCACACCUUACAUUCUCUGAUUACGGUUUUGGGAACAUGGGCCAUCAUCAAGCUAAACUGGAGGAGCGCCCCCGCAAUCACCCUGGGCUGGACAUUCCUCUACCUCUUCUUCUUCCGCUUGUCUGCAUGGCUCGGCCUUCCUCAGCCCACGCCUUUCUCCAAUGCCAUUCAGCUUAUCCUCACUCUCAAGAUGGUCAGCUUAGCCAAUGAGGUGAAGAGUUUUUACUUAGAAAAGAAGAAGGAAGUGAGCUCAUUCUCCAAAUCACCUGUAGUGGGUGUUAUUCCCCAUGAGCCUUCCAUCUAUGACAUCAUAUCCUAUAGCUACUGCUAUCUGGGUAUAAUGACAGGCCCUUUCUUCAGGUUCCAGACGUACAUUGACUGGCUGCAGCAGCCCAGUCCUCUCUCUCUGCCGGGGAAGGAUCCCUGCCUGCUCAGACUCCGCAUGGUGCCCGUGUACGGGGCGCUCUUCCUGUCCGUCAACUACGUCUUCCCCCUGGCCUACGUCCGCACUGACGAGUUCCUGGAGCACAACUUCUUGUUCAGGUUCUUAUAUAUGAUUGCUGUGUUCUUCGUGUUCCGGAUGCGGUUCUACUCGGCAUGGUGUGGGGCUGAGGCCGGCUGCAUCAGUGCAGGACUGGGGUGCUACCCAGAGGGGGCGCAGGCCAAACCUGGAGGAGGACCCACCGUUCAGUACAGCCCUGACCCUGACACCCCAGUGCAGUAUGACUUUAGAACCAUCCAGAACAUUGACUGCUACAACACGGACUUCUGUGUCAAAGUGAGGCACGGCAUGCGCUACUGGAACAUGACUGUGCAGUGGUGGCUUCACCACUACAUCUACCCCAACGCCCCCUUCAGAGCCUACGCACUCAGGGCUGGCUGGACGAUGCUCAUCAGUGCCUACUGGCAUGGCCUCCACGCCGGCUACUACCUCUCCUUCCUGACCAUCCCGCUGUGCAUCGCGGCCGAGACGGCCAUGGAGGGCGCCGUGCGCUCGCGGCUGGGCCCACAGGGCCAGAGCAUCUUCGACUGGGUCCACUGGUUCCUCAAGAUGCGCGCCUAUGACUACAUGUGCAUGGGCUUUGUCCUGCUGAAGGCCAGCGACACGGUCAGCUACUGGAGCUCCAUCUACUUCAGCAUGCACAUCGUCGCCGUCGGCUGCAUCGUGCUCGGACGACUGCUCAAGGCCGGAGGAGGCAGGAGGGAGAGGAAGGGAGCGAGCGAGGGAGAGAAGACUGGUGCGGCAGAGGAGGAGAAGAAGACGGAGGAGCAGGAAGUCCUGAGGGAGAAGAGCGAGUGAUGUGGGGUGUUUUGAGAGCCCGCGGUGGGGGACUGGUGUGGAGUGGAGUGGUGGGGAAAAGCUGUUUACUCUUGAAAUAAGACCUGCAGGUCCUAGCAUGCACUGUCAACAUGCUACUGUGCGCUUAGCCAUGUGCUUUGUGAGCAGAGAUAUCAGGUUGUGUGUGUGUGUGUGUGUGUGUGUGUGUGUGUGUGUGUGUGUGUGUGUGUGUGUGUGUGUGUGUGUGUGUGUGUGUGUGUGAAGCAGAGGAGAGGACUGAAGAAUGUGAAGUUCCACACAUGUCAGUCUUACCAUGAGCAUGGCUGGUGCAAAGGAUCAUGGGAAUGUUUAUCCUGGCAAAGCCUCAAUGCAUCUGUAAUACAAUUGUAGGUCAUCAUAGCACAAAAUAAUUUAUUAAAUAAUUAAGGCAAGCAAGACAAGGAAUCUGACCUACCUGGUCAUGUUUUUAUCAUCUCCAAAACUAAUCCAAAUAGUGUGUGUGUGUGUGUGUGUGUGUGUGUGUGUGUGUGUGUGUGUGUAUGUGUAUACUGUGUAUGUGUACACAUGCCUGAGUGUGAAUAUUUCUGACUGCGUGUAUAAAUAUAUAUAUAGUAUAUCACAAAUUAAUAACAUCUUAGAAAUUCACCAAAGCGUAUAGAAAUGUCUCACAAGUGUAAAAUACUGUGGCAAAAAUGCCCCUGUAACAAAACACAAUUAUGUACAACAGACCUGUAUUUUUUUUUCACAAACUAAACUAAGUAAUGAUGUGAUGCCUGUAUGAUAUUAUUACACAUUCAUGAGAUAAGGUUACCUAAUGUCCCUGUAAACACUUAACUCAAGCUGGGGGCUACCGCAGCUCCAGAGGAAGCAGGCUGAACCGUUUGGCUCUGGAUGCAGACAUUCUCUCUCAUGUUUGCACCUUUGCAUGUUAGAAUAUGUAUAGUGUAUAAUACUAGGAAAUAUAUGCAAUAUAUGCAAACCAUACAUUCCAACACCAAUACACUCCUUUUGCACUUGAAUAGAACCUUCUUUUUUUUCCACCCUUAGCUGUGUAUAUAAGUAUCUUUAGUUUAAAAAAGUGGCCUUGACUUGGCCCAGAUUAGGUAAAGGUCUGAUUUGUGUUAGAGCCAUUGGCAGAAAUGUAUUCCUAAAUUAGGCAGAAGUAUUAUUUUUUUCCCCUAUUUGAUUUAUCUUAUGAUGAUUUUAACUGCAAAUCAUCACUGAUAUUGUUGAUAAGAGUACAGUGCUCCAUCAGGCCAAAUUUUAUCAUCAGUGUUUCAGAUUUUAUAAUACUGGACAUACAGACAGGCAGGUUUUUAAUAUUAAGGUUGGCUGAGAUAUUAAACAGAAUGUUUACCUGGGUAAGGAUGUUAAAAUCUUAAUGGUACAAUAAUUUUGUACAAUGUACUUUGGAAGAUUUUUUUUCCCUCUUUUCAGUUUUGAUCAAGAAUUUUGAUUCCAAUUUCAAGAAUGUACAUAUUAGCUAUUGUUUAUGUCAGCUAAGCAGGGAAAGUAUAGACUUUAGGUUUGUCUUGAUCUAGAUUUGAGGGUUUUUUUUAUCUUUAUGCUAGCCAAUUGCAUAUUUUCACAUUUGGGUAAUUAUGCCAUACCUUUAUGUAUAGCUUCUCUGAUUUCUCUUGUGUGUACACAGUGGAACAUCUCUCCUCUUUCUCUUGUAGUUCCUUACUGCCAUAUCACAUGCUUGGACCAUGUGUGUUGUAGACCAAUAGGCACUUUACGAUAGCUCUGACACCAGUUAUCUCUACACUGAAGCCUGUACGUCUUGACAUACUGUAAUGUAAUGUAGUGUAAUGAGGUAGUUGUGACCUAAUUACCUGGCAGUGGAGCAGGUCCAUUCCAGCUGUUUACUGGCAGUCAAGGUUUUUGUUACAUCAUGAUUGUGAUUGCUAGACCAAGACUAAUCAUAUUUCCAUUGGCCAUGGCUGGUUAUUGUUGCCUAGAGGACAAGUUUACAUCCAUAACCCGGAUUGGUGUUGGUGUUGAUCCCCUCCUAUCUCUUUCUCUCUCUCUGGUAUAAAAUCCAAACCCCUUUAGAGGCAGUAACUUUAUUUGUUAGGGGCUUACUGUUUAACAGGAAUUAAAUAGCCCUAUUGUGAGAACCAGUCUAAAUGUAACACGAUCCUUUGAAUAUUCCUGGGACACGGAUGCACAUGCAUUGUCUAAUUUCUUUCCUGAUUCUAUCCCAUGAUGUUUUCCGGUUUUACAUCAGUGGUUCAUCAUUUUGCCAUGAUGAUUGUAACAUCCCCUGCCUUAUAAGAGUUUUACAUUGUUAUAAAUUAAAUAAAGGACAUCUUUGCA